AUGAAAGAGAAGUCUAAAAACGCCGCGCGGAGCCGGCGGGAGAAGGAGAACAGCGAGUUCUACGAGCUGGCCAAGCUGCUGCCGCUGCCCUCGGCCAUCACCUCCCAGCUGGACAAGGCCUCCAUCAUCCGGCUCACCACCAGCUACCUGAAGAUGCGGAUCGUCUUCCCCGAAGGUCUUGGGGAGUCCUGGGGUCACGUUAGCCGGAGCAGCCCGCUGGACAGCGUCGGCCGGGAGUUAGGCUCCCAUCUGCUGCAGACGCUGGAUGGGUUCAUCUUCGUCGUGGCGCCGGACGGGAAAAUCAUGUACAUAUCGGAGACGGCCUCGGUGCAUCUGGGCCUGUCGCAGGUGGAGCUGACGGGGAACAGCAUCUAUGAAUACAUCCACCCUGCAGACCACGAUGAAAUGACAGCGGUCCUGACUGCUCACCAGCCCUACCACUCACACUUCGUUCAAGAAUAUGAGAUGGAGCGCUCUUUCUUCCUGAGAAUGAAGUGUGUCCUCGCCAAGAGAAACGCGGGUCUUACCUGUGGCGGCUACAAGGUAAUCCACUGCAGCGGCUACCUGAAGAUCCGGCAGUACAGCCUGGACAUGUCUCCUUUCGACGGCUGCUACCAGAACGUGGGCCUGGUGGCGGUGGGCCACUCGCUGCCGCCCAGCGCCGUGACGGAGAUCAAGCUGCACAGCAACAUGUUCAUGUUCAGAGCCAGCCUGGACAUGAAGCUCAUCUUCCUAGACUCACGCGUUGCUGAGCUGACAGGCUACGAGCCACAGGAUCUAAUAGAAAAGACCCUGUAUCAUCAUGUCCACAGCUGCGACUCUUUCCACCUCAGAUGUGCACACCACUUGUUGCUAAUGAAAGGACAGGUCACCACUAAGUACUACCGCUUCCUGGCCAAGCCGGGCGGCUGGGUGUGGGUGCAGAGCUACGCCACCAUCGUGCACAAUAGCCGCUCGUCCCGACCUCACUGCAUUGUCAGCGUCAACUACGUCCUCACGGAGACAGAAUACAAGGGCCUCCAGCUGUCUUUGGACCAGGUGAUAUCCAAGGCCCCCAUCCCUUACAGUAGCAGCAUACCCAGCAGCCUGAUGGAAAACCGCCGGACCCCAAAAAGCAGAGUGUCCCGACCCAAAACCAAGGCAAGGCUUUCCCCAUACACACAGUACCCUGGUUUCCAGACAGAGCGUUCUGAAUCAGACCAGGACAGUACUUGGGGUGGCAGCCCCCUCACGGACUCAGCCUCUCCCCAGUUGCUAGAACACAGUGAAGGUCUGGAUGCCGCCUGCGUCUACCGACAGCUCACUGAGCCCCAUCCUCUUUGCUACAGCCUGCCGCUGUCUGAAGAGUGUCAUGCGGCCAGCGACAGCCAGACGCAUGCCCAUGGUCAGACCUGCGAGCGUGGGCGCUGUGAGGCGGGACGCUACUUUUUGGGAGCACCUCCACCUGUUCGGGACACCCUGUGGGGCACUGCACGCUCCAUUCUACCCCUGACCAAGUGCUCCCUGGACAAUCGAGACGGGUAUGACAACAACAUGCCCCACAUCGCAGCCAUCCAAAGUCUUCACGGCCGAGCUCACUGGGAUGAGGACAGCGUGGUCAGCUCUCCAGAUGGGGGUUCAGCCAGCGACUCAGGGGACCGCCACAGUGGUGACCACUACCACUCCAGCCCACAGGAACCCAGCAAGAUUGAUACAUUGAUAAGGGUCACGCAACAGAUGAUCAAAGAAGAAGAAAGCCGACUGCACUUACACAAGGGCUCACAUGACACUCCCCUCGGCCCUGCCAGUGUUUUGCCCAAGGGCCCCGGGCCCUGUUUCUCCCCCGAGUACACAGAGGGGCCACUGCCACUGCAGAGCGUUGUAUGCCGGGGUUUGAAUCAGGCGAUCAGCCCUGCCCCUAGCCCCACCUCUCUCUCUAGGCUGAGUAGCCCCGGGUCUGAGCGCCUCCAAAAACCAAAAGACUACCUCCAGACAGACCUGUCCCCUCUCUCUUUGCCAUCACAACACGCUCUGGGUCGCACGGGCCCUUGCUCAGCCUCCCCCACGCCUGCCCCGGGCCUCUACUCUACCCAUCUCCACCCACAGUCCUACAUGGACAAGCAUACUGCCUAUUCUCUAACAGGCUACACCCUGGAGCACCUCUAUGAUACAGAGAGCCUCCGAGGCUACUGUACCUCCACCAGCGCUCCAACCCACUACAAUGUGACACCUCACCUGCGCAUGCAGAUGGAGCAGACUCCUGGACACAAAGGCACCUCUGUCAUCAUCACCAAUGGCAGCUAA